UAGCUGUGAGGGGCAAUUAUAGAUGCAGUGGAAGGAGAAGGGGAUUUUUGAAAGCAUAUUCAAGAACUAAUUACUAUUAGUAAGGAACACGCAAAGAGCAACGUAAUACCCAGGACAGCCAAUAGGGAUAAAAGCUUAUACACAAAUCUGUCAUGACCUAGUAGUGAAGACUGUUUAAAAACACUGAUCUCCACUUAGCUUGUAAAUGCGCAUCACCCUCUUUCUCACUCAUAUAUUCUCUCUCUCUCUCUGACACACACACACACACACGCUCCUGGAUUUGCAGCAGACAGAUAUCUAGGGCACUUCUUGGCAUCCACAGGAAAAUCAUAUGGGAUUAAAAAAACCACAGCAGAAUUGCUGAAAGCUGCCUCUCAAGGAUUACAACUUUGCCUUUUGCUUUUACGGAUGCUUGUUUACUAUCCAUGUGGUAACCGCUGGACAGCCGGUAAUCCAUUCAUUAUCCACACUGAUUGAGUGCAGGAGUAGUGCAGUGGUAACUACUUCACUCAGCUGACGGCAGACGACAAAAGGAGGGAAAUGAUGAAUUCGGACAAUUUAACCUCCCAAAGCUUCCUCUCUGCAAUUCACAGCAAUGCAAGCAAUUUAUUCUCAGGGCUCCAGUUUGUUCAGACCUUCAAGCCACUCAUCAUCCCCUGCUACUCACUAGUGGUUUUUAUUGGUGUCAUUGGGAAUUACCUUCUCAUUUAUGUCAUCUGUAAGACAAAAAAAAUGCACAAUGUCACCAACUUUCUGGUAGGCAAUCUGGCUUUCUCAGAUAUGCUUAUGUGUGCAACCUGUGUUCCCCUGACACUCGCGUAUGCCUUCGAGCCCAGAGGAUGGGUGUACGGGCGUUUCAUGUGCUACUUUGUUUUUCUGAUGCAACCCGUCACUGUGUUUGUGUCCGUCUUUACCUUGACCGUCAUAGCUGUGGAUAGGUAUUAUGCCAUGGUGUACCCAUUCCGCAGGAGGCUCACCAUCCCUAUUUGUGCUUAUAUCCUGGCUGCUAUUUGGCUGCUGAGCUGUACCUUGGCUGCCCCAGCCUUGGUCCACACUUACCAUGCAGAGUUCCCAGAACUGGACUUCUCCAUUUGCGAGGAGUUUUGGUUCCACAUGAAAAGAGAUCGCUUAGCUUAUGCCUACAGCACUCUCAUCAUCACCUACGUGCUGCCUUUGGCUGUCAUCUCCCUGUCCUACCUGAGAAUCUCUGUCAAGCUGAAAAACCGUGUGGUCCCAGGCAACGUCACCCAGGGCCAAGCUGAGUGGGACCGAGCAAGGAGGAGAAAGACUUUUCGCUUGUUAGUCUUAGUGGUGGCAGCCUUUGGAGUCUGUUGGCUGCCUCUGCACAUCUUCAACAUGAUAAAGGACAUAGACAUCAGCUUGAUUGACAAGCAGUACUUCAACUUCAUCCAGCUGCUCUGCCACUGGUUCGCAAUGAUGUCUGCUUGUACCAAUGCCUUCCUCUACGCCUGGCUCCAUGACAGCUUCAGGGGGGAGCUGAAGAAAAUGUUUGCUUGGAGAAAGAAAAAAAUUGGACCCACUACAAACUGCAUUAUGGCCAGUGUGGUGCUGUAAACGAGAGCUGGUGGGAGUGCACCUCCUUUGUAUGGUAACACUGUAAGUCAUUUCCAUUUUUAAUCAGUCCUGGUUCCUGACGUUUGUCCUCAGGGCUCAGUUAUAACAACACAAGUCCCAUGCAUAGCUUCCCCAGCACCUCCGCUCCUACUGGAGAAGGAGGAGCAGACAUCACAUCCCCAAAAUGUCUUUACCUCUUUGACAGGAGUUAGGGGCCAAGGAGGUGUUAGCACGAUGAGAUACCCUUAUGUAACUGCAGGGAUCCCUCCUAUCUUUUUUGGAUAUUGCUAAUAGUACAGACAUGGGAUUUGGGGACAGGGAGAAGGAAGGAUGAAUAUGAGACCUAAAUAUCUCAGUGAGGAAGUGCCUUGGAUUGGGUAAAAAUUAAAUCUGCAUAUCUACCCGGAGUCCAGUCCUUAGCCCAGGAUCCAGGGUGGAGGACUAACAACGUUCCUGUAGUCCUCUUGGGUUAGGGCCAUGCUGAAGAAUAGCCUAAGGCUCUCUGAAAUGCCCUUCCUGAGCAGCUGUCUCAGCUGUGGGUAGGAAACCAGGUUGGUAGGAGCUGCUCCGAGCCUCCCUGGGUGGGAUGUGCUGUGUCUGCCCUGCAUGGUUUCCCCCCUCACUGCCAUCUUCUUGCCACUGGCCAAGUGGAUGGAGUGGUAGCCUUUGCAGCAGGGCUGCUCACCCGCCCGCUGUGACCAACCACAUUGGGCAGGAAUCUGUGCUUCAUGUUUUUUGAACCCAGCAUCAUCAUGCAAUCUCAAAGCUCCCGUGUCUCGUGAACCUGCAGCACAGCAUGUAGCAAGGUGAGGUGCAGUAUUGCGAGAGGGGAAAUAAAACCGGAGUGAUGUUAUUUCUGUGAGGUGCAACUGCAAUGCAGUGUGCGCAACAGCCUGUUUGGUGGAUUUGCUGAUGCUGUCAUCAAGGAUGGACAGACUGGAGACAUAAUACGUGGUGGAAAAUCAUCCAAAUAGGAGGACAUUAAGACAUACCACCACUUUACCGACAUUGAAUUGUGUUCUUGCCAUUGUCUCACGUAACCCCAAUUUGCUGACCCUACUGCAAGUCAGCUGCAUUCCCAGCCACAGGAGUGGACGUCACCAUAGCCUUGUCAGUGCUGAGAUGCUUUCCACUCAUUCCUUGAGAAACCGAUUCUGAUGUGUGGCAAUGCUGCCAUCAGCUUUGAUCUCCAGAGACAGCCAGAGACUUCGAUACUGUCUUCAGGAGCACUUCUGGAGGUGUCUGUUAAAAGACAGUGGAUGGAAGGGGCUGCUGACAUAGAGCCAUGUAUGAACACUGUGUGACCGGUCAAAGAAAGACCUGUCAAACGGAGCAGAGUGGCAAGUGCUCUCUUUUGAAGGAGUCUUUUGGGAAGAAACAAUUUCCUUUGACAUUCACCUUUCAAUCAAAUGAUGGAGUUAGAAGCUAUAAUCAACCUAAUGGUUUCUAGUUUCUUCCUCCCUGAACUGAAAAUAACUGAGAUGAUAGAUAAUAGAUAAGUAUGUGGGACAAAGUUCUGAAAGCAGACAUUGUUUCUGAAAAGGUUUCUUCCAGCCUGCUCAGCCAGAAUCUAGGAUGGCAUGAGGAACUGCCUCAUACCGAGCUGAGAUCAGCUGGAGAAGCAGUGCAAUCCAGGGGCAGUUUUGGCCAUGGUCUGCAAGGGCAUAUAUUCGACCACAACUGCACAAGGCCAGAAACAUAUGCGCUGCGAGGCAAUGCAAAUAGACAAGGGGGGAGAGGGAAGAAAGAAAGGAUGGUUUCUCUAGUUUGUAAAUGUACUCCUACUGUGAAACUGUAAAUAUCAUUUUGCUCAUCAGCAUUCAGUAAGCUUAAUCUGGUUAAAAAAAUACACAGAUGCAUAUGCACACACUGGGAAAAGCAUUGCAAAAACAUUUGAAAUCCCUUUUCACAAAUUUCCUUAGAAUUUCAAGCUGUUCUGCUGCUAGUAAUGAGGAACUGGAUAUUAGAAAUUGAUUACAGAGACACUGAAUCAAGGAGGUCCUUUGAAAGUCGGCAUGACUUGCGUUCACUGUGUGAUUAAGUGUAUCUAUCUGCCUUGCUUACCUUGAUUUAAAGAUUUGAAUGACCUAUUAAAGCCUGUUUUGCUUUUGCUGAAUUUUAGGAAAUUGUUUUUCCUUCAAGCUCAAUAUGGCAAGUUACUGGAAUAACUGGUGAUUUUGAAAAGGCAAAAAAAAUCCCUUCCAAACAAACCAACCAAAUUUUAUAAGCUUUUCAGCUUUUGUUUCAGGGCUCUUUUGAAGAGAACAGAGAGUAG